AUGGAUCUCGAACGAAGUCUUCCCAAUUUAAGCAUCGAUGACAUGCCAUGGCGGUCACAACACGAUCAACCUCAGCAGCCGUGGGCUUCCGGCAUGCCUGGUGGAGGAGCAUCAGGCGGUCAAGCUGGAUGGGGUCACAUGUCACCACAACAGAUGCGUAAUCCAUGGCAGGACCCAAACGCACUCGCUCAAGGCGUAAAUGAUGCUCUGGGAAUCGGCGCUACUCCUGGUGGUCAAGCAAGUUGGGGUGCGCCAAUGGGAGCGGCACCAGGCGACUUCGGUGAGGCCGCGAAAAUCUGGUCCGACCCUCACGUAGAUCAACAGCAACAACAAUUUAACCCCAUGCACGGACAUCAUCGAGGUAUGAACGGUAUGAUGGAUCCGCAAGGUGGUAGCGAUUGGAUGGGUGCAACUCCAGGUCUCAACCAGAUGCCGUUGUGGAGCGAUUUACAGAAACAAGAACACGAUGGGUACUGGAAGCAUCAGCAACAAGCUGGAGGAUGGGGCGGACCACCAAGUGGUAUGGGUGCUUGGCCACCACGUCAGAUUCAUCCAAAUGCACCACCUCCACAACAUGGUGCACAUGGGCAACCACCGCGAAUGUUCGUUCAGCGACCUCCACAAGUAUGGGCUCCAAAUGGCGGAAUGAUGGGUGGACCUCCUGUUGGGAAACAAGCUAUGCCAUGGGACCAGCAACGUCUUACCGGUAUGCCACGAGGUGGAAUGGGGCGAGGUGGUCCUGCCGGCGGUCGCUAUCCUCCUGGCGGCAUGGAUAUGAGUGUUCCUCCUCCAAUUGAUCUACCUGUUAGUUUAUUUCGUGCGAAUAGCCUGAAAGUGUCAUCGAUUGGUUUGCAAUUCCAGCUGAGCGGAAUGUCAGGAAUGCGACAGAUGGCUCCUCCUAAUGCAGCUGGAACGUGGAAACCCGAGAUCGGUGUCGCUCCGAAUGGAAUUCGAGGGCCAGCAGCGUUUGGUCAAAUGGCUGCUCCUCUAAUAAUGUCCGGUAAGCCUCAAGCUGCUCCAAGUCAGUUCCCAAUUGGCGGCGUUGACGAUCUGAUGUGGCACGAUCCUAACGGAGAUCUGAAGAAGUGGCAGCGCGACACUGGUGUCUCGUUGUGGGGUGAUCCGGAGAAAAAUAAUGAACGACCAGUACGCUUGUGGAUGAUCGGUGAAGGUGAAGAAGAGGAUCUCGAAGUAGCGCUGAUGAAGUGCCCGGUGCCGCAGAAGAAGGUGGAUGGAAGUAAUGAAGAUGGAUCAGCACGAUUGCCAUUUCCAAUCCCAUCCAAACGUCCCAUUGUUGUCACCGGUUGGGGUGAACUGCCAGAGAACGAUCCUAAUAAUCCAAUAAAGCAUGAUGAAGCUCAACCGGGUUCCGGUAAAUGGGGCGAUCUACCGUCACAUUCUCAACAUGCUACUGACUCGCCAUGGUUCUUGCCUUCUCAGCAACAGCCUCAACCAUUUGCCCCCGAAGCGCCAGCAUGGGGCCAGCCUAAUACGGCUGCAGCUCCAAUGCCCCCUGGUCCCUCACAACCCCACACUCAAGCCGUUGCUGAUCAAUUGAAGUAUGCGGUUGAUAAGGGUUAUCUUGACAUGUCGGUGCUGCAACAAAUGAACUUACCGCCUCAUGUGCUCCAACACAUGAAUAAAAUGCUCGCCUUGAUUCCUGCUCUGGAAUGUUGUGAAGCCGAGCUUAAAAUGCUUGUAGAUAGUGUACGACCUGAUGGUGAAGUCGACGGCAACAGUCCGCAAAGAUGGAUGAAUGAUGUACAAAAGGUAGAGUAUAACCGCUUGAUCAUCGAAGUGACGACGGUGAAAAUCGAGGUGGCAGAGCUGUCGAAGAAGAUUCAACGCGGUUUGGCCGACGCUGGCAUGUCGAGCGGCAGUGCCGCUGUCGAAGGACUUAGCUCCGACGCCUACCACUACUCAUUCCUCGAGUAG